AUGUUGGAAGAACAAAGUUUACCUCCAGAAAUUGCUUCUAAAUUUGAUGAGGAAUUCGAGGAUGAUUAUAUUCAAGAUAUUGAUAUGUUGCAAAAUUUCGGAAUAAAUUCAUUAGAUAUCAAAAAGCUUAAAUCUUCAGGAAUAUGCACAAUAAAAGGUGUGCAAAUGAUGACAAAGAAGAGAUUAUGUGCUAUUAAGGGUCUGUCCGAAGCUAAAGUCGAUAAAAUAAAAGAAUGCAUAACCAAAAUCGUAACUUCCAAUUUUUUAACGGCAUUGGAGGUAUGCCAAAAACGUCAACAUGUAUUUCAAAUUUCAACGGGGAGCACAGAAUUGGACAAACUUUUAGGUGGCGGUAUUGAGAGCAUGGCAAUCACCGAAGUUUUCGGAGAAUUUCGAACUGGCAAAACACAAUUAUCGCACACACUUUGUGUUACAGCUCAAUUACCCGGUUCCAAUAAUUACACGGGUGGAAAAGUUUGCUUCAUUGACACCGAAAAUACAUUUCGCCCAGAUAGGUUAAAGGAUAUUGCUGAACGAUUUAACCUCGACGAAGAAGCAAUGCUAAAAAAUAUUAUAUACGCCAGGGCCUACACAAGUGAACAUCAAAAUGAACUACUCGACUUCGUAGCGGCUAAAUUUCAUGAAGAAUCGGGCGUUUUUAAGUUAUUAAUAAUGGAUUCGGUUAUGGCAUUAUUUAGAGUAGAUUUUAGUGGUAGGGGAGAGUUAUCGGAUCGACAACAGAAAUUAGCUCAAAUGUUAUCAAGGUUACAAAAGAUAUCGGAAGAAUACAAUGUAGCUAUAUUCUUGACUAAUCAAAUGACGUCUGAUCCCGGAGCUGCCUUAUCAUUUCAAGUGGAUCCUAAAAAACCUAUCGGUGGAAAUAUAAUGGCACAUGCUUCGACCACCAGAAUAAGUUUGAGAAAAGGAAGAGGAGAGAACAGAAUCGCAAAAAUAUACGACAGCCCAAAUAUGCCAGAGAGCGAAGCAACAUUUGCGAUAACUUUAGGAGGUAUAGCCGAUGCCAAGGACUAA